AAACUAUGGUCAAAUCAAACGUUCAAAAAUUAAGCGUUCGAUUAAUAGAAAAUCAUUGUGGCUUGUGACUGUUGCGAUCGAUUGUUUAGAUCUGAAUGAAAACUAUAAUUUAGGAAGAAUACGUACUAGUAGUAUAAUAAAUAUGGAAUAGCGCCCUUCUCACAAAAUGGAACCAUCAAGAGAAGCGUGUGAGUUGCCGACAGAAAUGGCAAAGUUAGAUAUUAUGGAGGUAGACGAAGAAAGCUCGCGGGAAACGCAAGUUUCUGCGGCACGUGUCCUGCGUAAGAGAAAAUCGCUUACUCCAGAACUAAGCAAGCCGUCUAACAGACGCGUGAGUAUGAGACCACGCAAACACCACAUAAUGACAGAGAAUGCAAACCCCAAACAAAUUGAGGCCCUUUAUCUUAACAAAAAAGUGAAAACAUUAUCACAAACAUUAGAAACAAUAUACGAGGAUCCAAAACCAAAUAACGAGACUGAAACUUUUAUUGGAGGAAGAAAGGUGAAAAGACUGCUAACAUUCCAGCUUGGGAACCAGUAUACCAAGGAUAAAAUAAAGAAGCGCAGGGCAAAAAUCAAAAAGUUAUUGGGAAACAGAGCAUUUUUGAACAGGAAGAAGAUACCAAUGAAAGUAUUUUUAGAGACUAUUAAUAGCUUGGAGUUAGAUGAAGUACAAACAGAAUCAAUGAUUACUAAUAAAACUACAGAUAAGUUGUAAUUAGGCUAUCUAGAGAGGAAAUUUCUACGCGAAACAGCUUGGUCUGUGUAGAUGUGCCUUGGUCGAACCAAACACAGUUGCAGCCUCAGUGC